AUGAGUAAACCUCCAAACCAGUUUUAUUCUGUGGAGGUCGGAGAUUCCACAUUCACAAUACUGAAACGCUACCAGCACUUGAGACCUAUUGGCUCUGGAGCACAGGGGAUUGUCUGCGCUGCAUGCGACACACUAACGAACACUAAUGUGGCAAUCAAGAAGCUGAGUCGACCUUUCCAGAACGUCACACACGCAAAGAGAGCCUACAGGGAGUUCGUGCUUAUGAAGCUUGUCAACCACAAGAAC